AUGAUGCACAAGUGGACCAAGAGUAGUCCAUCUACUGAACUGAUUGUCGACAACAAAUUAUCAAACACCCCUGUACUUCGUCAAUAUAGCAGUAAUAAUAAUUGUACAUUUACUUUGUUGAGUGAUGAUGAGAAUGAGAAUGUAAAUCCGCAAACAAAUAUUGCUACCGAUAAAUCCCUAAACUUCAAUGAUGAUGUAAACACUAAUGAUGGAGACGAACCAGGAGUGAAGUUUAAAAAAGUUGAAAGCGAAUGGAGUUUACCAUUUACGGUAGUCACCGAUAUUAAUUCAAACAGUGAUGCAGAUCCACACCAACCUAGAUGUAAAUGCCGAGGAACAUGUCAAGCACGUUGUAGUUGUAAACGUUCCGGUCGUCCGUGUGUCCCAUCACAUUGUCACUGUGUAUUAGGUCUGUGCAAAAAUCGUUCAGACUCAUCAUCGCAAAACAGUGAAAUAGCCAGUUCAGUCGAAAAUUCUGCAACUGUUAUGGGACCACCAUCUGGAUUACCCGUUAUAUUACGUCCCAAACGUAGAACUCGUGCAUUACAAUUAAAUUUGCCUGAAGAACAACAGGAUAAACAUAUGACUCACACACUGAUGAAUGAAACGUAUGAUUUAAACAAACAACAAACUUGUACAUCCGUAUCAGAAAUUAAUGAUAAUGAUGAUCUACAAUCUCCAACUGACAAUUCACAACUAUCUGAUGGCGGGUCACUUCGUUAUUUAUGGCCUAAAAAUCGUUUAUCUUAUUUUCCCAGUCCACUAUUGCGUUCAGACAGAUAG